CGGUGCACUGGACCGUAGUGGAUCAUCACACUCUUUCUAGUACCUUCUCUGUCUUUUUCAUUCUGGGUUCACUUCUGUCUCUCUCUCUGGUCUAAUUGAGUUUUUCACAAGUGUCAAUGUGUCAUCGUCAACCUACCAACGCCGCGGCUGAAUCAAAAGAUCGUCUUUUUCUGAAAUUUUUUCAAUGGCGGCGAUUUCUCUGUCGUCGUCUAAGAUUCCCUCGCUGAAUUCGAAAGAGUCGUCUAUUGUUUCUGCUUUCACUUCUCCUUCUAUCUCCGCCGUUAAAUUUCAGUUUCCCGUUCGUCGGGUUCGAACCGGAGAGUUUAUAAAGUUUCCUUCUUUAUCUUCAACGACUCGUUGCACUCCUCGACCUAUUGAAGCCAAGAAGCAGACGUAUGACUCAUUUGAGGAUCUGCUUGUCAACUCUGAUAAGCCAGUUCUGGUUGACUAUUAUGCGACCUGGUGUGGUCCCUGCCAGUUCAUGGUUCCAAUACUCGAUGAAGUGAGCUCAACCCUGAAAGACAAGAUCCAGGUGGUGAAGAUCGAUACCGAAAAGUACCCGAGUAUUGCCAAUAAGUACAAGAUUGAAGCACUUCCUACAUUUAUCUUAUUCAAAGAUGGAGAGCCUUGUGAUCGCUUUGAGGGUGCUUUGACGGCUAAACAACUCAUCCAACGAAUUGAGGAUUCUCUGCAAGUGAAGCCUUAGUUAUGGAUCAAAUGAACUUUUUUAAUUAUUGGUAUGUUUUUUCACUGUCCCUGACCUAACAGGUUUUAGGAAUAAUGAUGUUUUUCGGUUGAUUAACAAAGAGAAUUUGAGGAGAAAGAAGAUUAUGUAUGCCAGAUUUGUAAAACCUUGUUGUUUGUAAUGAUCUUUUAUUCUCAAAGUGUUAACAGAGAAGCUAUUUUUUCAA